ACAAUUUACUGCAUGUUGAUGCAGAGUUUUGCGGACCGAAACAUUUCUGGGAGCGCUCCUGCAUCGUUUAGCGUUACUUAAAUGUAAAACUUUGAUACAGACGCUACUACAUUCUGAAGCAACUAUUUACCCACGGGAUUUACAAUAAAAUGAUCGUAUGAUCGUAUCUAAUGGCCACAUAAUCUAAAAUGUAAAAUCAUUGCACCAGUGAAGUCACUAGUGGGAGCUGCAGAGUGAGAGAAGCAAGUCAGAGACGAAGAGAGAAAGCGAGAGGCAAAAGUCAGACGUGGAACUACUUCAAGCUUUUAACAGGGUUGUAGAAAGCAGCAUCCAGAGGCACAAACAACUAUCGCAAAAAGAAAACCCGUAAAUUUACAAGGACCAUAACCCUCUUUGGGGAAGGAAAAGGAAGAUUGAUCAAUUUCUAAAAGCAGAGAUGAAGUCAAAAUCUGCUAUUUUCAACAAUAAGGAAUCACCGUGAAUGGAAAAGGUUAUAUUAUAAACAUAGAAUAAGCAGCUCCACUACAUUUGAAAAUCUACGGAGAAACAGUAUUGUCCAGAUGCUGUGUCUGUGCUCCAGUCGAGCUGACAGGCUGUGAUUGGCUGACUCAGUAGUUGCAGGUUUGAAGUUCAGUUAUAGAAGACUGAAUGGUGAUGACAGAAGGACAACAUAUUUGAAAAAAUAAGCCUUAUCCUGUUGAAAGGCUCUCACUGCUGACUGUUUGUGGAGGAGCUGACUUGGCUAUCUGAUCUGGGAAGGAAAAACCAGCACUAGGCAUUUGGAAUAUCCCUGCAGCUUUAAAGUGAUGGGUUGGCUUGAGGAACCAAGUUGGCAGAUUCAUAUUUCCUUACUCAUGUUGCUGUCUCUACAAACCAAGGCAAACCUCUUGGAUAACAUGCUGCUGCGGAGUUCAGGGAAGCUGAAUUUGGACAACAGAAAGGAGGAUGGCGAGAGCAACGUAGCUGCACCACCUAAGCAGCUCCUUUUGUGUUAUUGCCAUCAUCACUGUCCUGAAGACUCGAUUAACAACACAUGCGGGACUGACGGCUACUGUUUUACAAUGAUUGAAGAAGACGAAUCUGGGACUCCUAUGGUGACUUCAGGGUGCCUUGGAUGGGAAGGCUCAGACUUCCAGUGCCGGGACACACCAAAAUUCCAUCAGAGAAGAGCAAUCGAAUGCUGUAUAGAUGAAAAUUACUGCAAUAAAGACCUUCAUCCUACCCUGCCACCUCAAAAAACUCCAAAUUAUGUUGAUGGAAAUAUUCACCAUAUGGCCCUGCUGAUCUCAGUGACUGUCUGCAGUAUAAUUUUGGCUCUGUUCAUCAUAUUCUGUUACUUCAGGUAUAAGAGGCAGGAGUCUAGGCCUCAUUACAGCAUUGGACUUGAGCAAGACGAGCCGUAUAUCCCUCCAGGGGAAUCUCUGAAAGACCUCAUUGAACUGUCUCAGAGCUCAGGCAGUGGAUCUGGGCUCCCUCUACUGGUUCAAAGGACAAUCGCUAAGCAGAUUCAGAUGGUGAAGCAGAUUGGUAAAGGUCGCUAUGGAGAGGUGUGGAUGGGGAAGUGGAGGGGGGAGAAGGUGGCUGUCAAAGUGUUCUUCACCACCGAGGAGGCCAGCUGGUUCCGAGAGACUGAGAUCUAUCAGACUGUACUCAUGAGGCAUGAAAACAUUUUAGGUUUCAUAGCAGCCGAUAUAAAAGGAACAGGAUCCUGGACCCAGCUUUACCUCAUUACAGAUUACCAUGAGAGUGGCUCCUUGUAUGACUACCUGAAAUCCACCACACUGGACACCAAGGCAGUGCUGAAACUGGCCUACUCCUCAGUCAGUGGACUUUGCCACUUACACACCGAGAUCUUCGGCACUCAGGGGAAACCAGCCAUUGCUCAUCGAGAUUUGAAGAGCAAAAACAUUCUUGUCAAGAAAAACGGAGCAUGCUGUAUAGCAGACUUGGGGUUGGCGGUUAAAUUUAUCAGCGAUACAAAUGAAGUAGACAUCCCUCCAAACACCAGAGUGGGCACUAAACGUUACAUGCCUCCAGAGGUGCUGGAUGAGAGCCUUAAUAGGAAUCACUUCCAGUCCUACAUCAUGGCUGACAUGUACAGCUUCGGGCUGAUUCUCUGGGAGAUAGCAAGAAGAUGCGUGUCAGGGGGUAUAGUGGAAGAAUAUCAGUUACCUUAUCAUGACUUGGUACCCAAUGAUCCCUCUUAUGAAGAUAUGAGAGAAGUGGUCUGCAUCAAACGGUUAAGACCAUCGUUCCCCAAUAGGUGGAGCAGUGAUGAGUGCUUGAGACAAAUUGGAAAACUGAUGACAGAGUGCUGGGCCCACAACCCUUCUUCUCGUCUCACAGCCCUGAGAGUAAAGAAGACCCUUGCAAAGAUGUCAGAGUCACAAGACAUAAAGCUCUGAUUUGACCAAGGAGUUUGAAAGGAAAGGCAUAUGUCAGAAAAGCCUCUUUAACCCACCCCCAUCCCACCCCAAUAAUGAUGGGCAAGAGGCCAGGCUGCAGAAUCAUUCUAAACUAACCAGAGUGCUGGUGCCAUUGCCAUCAUGGCAGUGAACUGAGUCAACUGAGGAGUGCUGCUUAAAGAAACUAGAGAACAGGAGCCUAAUUCACCCAAAAUUGUUUGCUUGAGUUAGACGAGGCAGUUUCAAGCAAAUGAUGCUUUCUGUGAAAGCCUUUUAUCAAAAAUUGCUGUUGGAAAGAGACUGGUUUACAUUCACAAAACUUGAAAAUGAUUAAGUAUUGUGAAUGAAUAAGUAAUCGUGCCUUGCGAGAGAAAAAGAGAGACUUUUACUGGCAAAAACGCUUGAAGUUAAAAGGAGGAUGUGAAGAAAUAUAUAUAUAUAUAUACAGUACUGUGCAAAAGUUUUAGGCAGGUGUGAAAAAAUGCUGUAAAGUAAGAAUGCUUUCAAAAAUAGACAUGUUAAUAGAUUAUAUUUAUCAAUUAACUAAAUGCAAAGUGAGUGAACAGAAGAAAAAUCUACAUCAAAUCAAUAUUUGGUGUGACCACCCUUUGCCUUCAAAACAGCAUCAAUUCUUCUAGGUACACUUGCACACUUGAUUUUGUAGGCAUAUAGUCAGGUGUAUGAUUAAACAAUUAUACCAAACAGGUGCUAGUGAUCAUCAAUUCAAUAUGUAGGUUGAAACACAAUCAUUAACUGAAACAGAAACAGCUGUGUAGGAGGAAUAAAACUGAGUGAGGAACAGCCAAACUCAGCGAACAAGGUGAGGUUGCUAAAGACAGUUUACUGUCAAAAGUCAUACACCAUGGCAAGACUGAGCACAGCAACAAGACACAAGGUAGUUAUACUGCAUCAGCAAGGUCUCUCCCAGGCAGAAAUUUCAAGGCAGACAGGGGUUUCCAGAUGUGCUGUCCAAGCUCUUUUGAAGAAGCACAAAGAAACGGGCAACGUUGAGGACCGUAGACGCAGUGGUCGGCCAAGGAAACUUACUGCAGCAGAUGAAAGCCACAUCAUGCUUACUUCCCUUCGCAAUCGGAAGAUGUCCAGCAGUGCCAUCAGCUCAGAAUUGGCAGAAAACAGUGGGACCCUGGUACACCCAUCUACUGUCCGGAGAAGUCUGGUCAGAAGUGGCCUUCAUGGAAGACUUGCGGCCAAAAAGCCAUACCUCCGACGUGGAAACAAGGCCAAGCGACUCAACUAUGCACGAAAACACAGGAACUGGGGUGCAGAAAAAUGGCAGCAGGUGCUCUGGACUGAUGAGUCAAUUACAUGAAGAGAGAGAAGCAACUGAGGCUGCCUAAAUCCACAGAAGAACUGUGGUUAGUUCUCCAAGAUGUUUGGGCCAACCUACCUGCCGAGUUCCUUCAAAAACUGUGUGCAAGUGUACCUAGAAGAAUUGAUGCUGUUUUGAAGGCAAAGGGUGGUCACACCAAAUAUUGAUUUGAUGUAGAUUUUUCUUCUGUUCACUCACUUUGCAUUUUGUUAAUUGAUAAAUAUAAACUAUUAACAUGUCUAUUUUUGAAAGCAUUCUUACUUUACAGCAUUUUUCACACCUGCCUAAAACUUUUGCACAGUACUGUAUAUAUAUAGAGUUUUGACAAUUUGAAGCCAUAGCACAAAAGUAUUUUGUGUGUGUGUUCACAUAGCCAGUGCGGGGUUUUAUGCUUUUUGAAAGCUGCAGUGUGACCUUUUCCAUGCUCUAAAGCUAAAUAUAUGUAUUAUAUAUGUAUAUGUAUUAUCUUGGAGAAAAUAUAUAAUAAAUAAAUCUAAAGACUUCGGUAGGGGGGCAUGUCAAGUAAUUUAAUGUAUUUGGUAAAACCAGUGAAAAAUGUAUACUUACCAAACAAUAUAUAUAUCAAUUUUCACAAAUAUUUAAUUAUUGAUGUUCACAGAUUUGGAAAGAUUGAUAGUCCCAAAUGGUAUUUUUUAAAAAGAUACAGUAGGUCACUCAACUACGGUGUUGGUUUAGACAGUAAGUUCUUCUUACUGUGAUAUUUUUACAUCUCUGCAUUUAUUCAUUUCAUAAUUUAUUUGACCAGAUCCCUAUUUAAAUGCAGUGUUCUAACUUUUGUGCUUCUACGUGCUCUUGUCUCACAUACUUUGUUCUAUGACCAACAUGAUGCAUAUUCAGUUAUUUGACAGUAUUAUCAUAAAGGUUUAGUAAGUAUCCAGUAGUUUAUUUUAUAUUUGAAUCAAUUCUGUAACUUGGCAAAUAACACCCUGCUAAAUAAAAUAUAAAUCUAGUUUUUACUAAAGAGUAACUGGUAUUUUAUUAUGAAUACCAGUCCCAUGUAUAAUUAAAAAGUAAUGCAAUCAUAGAUGCACUGAAACAGAAAUGCCUAACAUUCUCCUGAAUUCUUCAUACAAUAAUAUAGGUGGUGCAUCAAGCUAAUUAACCUGCCAUUCAUAGCUCUCAAGACUUUGCUUUAGAGAGGCCCAGUACUGAAUAGCAGAGUUUUUGUUUUAGAAUGAUCGUCAGGUGAAGCUAUGGCACUUGGCAGUGCAAUUUAUUAUUUUGAGUCAAAAAUAUAAUUAUUCUAACCUUCACACACAAAAAAAGAGUGUGGUAGAGGUCAUAAUAAAAUGGUCUCUCAAAAACAACCCCCCCACUGUUCCCCACUGUAGUCAGUACCAUUGAUCCACAUCUUUUAUAACAAUUAAAUUCACAAGCAACUCCAAUAAAUGAGUUAAACAUAUUCUUUCUGUUUAACAUUAGUCCCCCAUGAAAAACGUGACUGCAGAUCACGCUGCAAAUUUGCAGAAUCCACCUUGGGAUACAGAAAUAUUGAUGUAAUGCAGAAUCCUACAAAAAAAUAACCUUGCCAACAAAUUAAACUCUACGGAAGAACAAAUAAAAGAAUAUUAGCAUUCCGUUAGGCAAAGCUGUGAGCUUGUAAAUACCUGUGCUUUGUCUCUAGCUCAACCUGCUUGCUCUGUCUGGAAAACUAACAUCUGCAUGCGAUAACAUUUCAUACAUGCUGUCGCUUAUCAAAUCCAGUGCUAAAAUGAAUGAAUAGUAAGUUGGCUUCUGGAGGCAGAAACACAAUUUUCACAGUACUGAGAAAACUUUAUGUUAAGGUGCUGCUUAUUAAUGUUUUAUAAAUAUGUUAUAAAUAUACAAUGUAUGCUUACUAACUAUGUUAAAGUGUUAAUAAAGCAUUGCAGAUGGUUUUUAACCAUGCAAUAGCCAUAGAUGGAAUUACAGUUUUAUAAAGGGGACAGUUUUUAGCCACCUAUUUUACUUUGGGAUGUUUACAUGUAAUUCUGUCUAUGGCUAUUUGCAUGGUUAUAAACAAUCUAUAAUGCUUUAUUAACUCUCUAUAACAUAGUUGUUAAGCAUCUAUUAUAUAUACUAUGCAUCAAAAGAAACUUAUCACUAUUAGAACACUUUUUUUUUUUUUUUUAAAUAAGGUAUAUAAAUGUUUUUGGUUUCUUUUUAAUCACUCGAUCAUUCAUCCUUGACCAUGACACGCUUGAGUGACUAUGACUGAAGCAUAUGCACUUAAUCACCCAAUUAGUGAGACAGUUGAUUGGACACAGGAUAUUGAUGAUUUUAGCUGUUGAAUUGCAAGCUUGAAUAAAAGCAAUAAAGAAAAUCACAGAAAAAAAAACAAUAGGCCACGUCUGUCAAGACAGCAGCACCUUUGUGCAAUCGUCAUGUUGGAGACUGGACUAGGGCAGCGUACUGUGGCUUGCCAUCUUGGGUGCUCACAGCCAACAAUUUUAAACCUGGCGAGACAGUAUAACCAAACACACUCUGUCAAUGACAGGCCACAAACUGGGAGACCAAGAGUCACCACACCUGCCCAAGAUCGACAGAUCAUUUUGCAGCAUCUUUGUGAUGUCAAUUGUUAAUCGGCACAAUAAAAAGUCACUGCACCUGCUCUAAAACAGAGUUUAUCAUUUUUCGAUCACAUGUAAUUAAUUUUAUCCAAAUAUAAGUGAUAAGUUUCUUUUGAUGCUCAAAUAUAAGUGAUAUGUUUCUUUUAGUGCUCAAAUAUAAGUGAUAAGUUUAUUUUGAUGCUCAGUAUAUUUAGAAAACAUUAAUAAGCAGCACCUUAAUAUAAAGUGUUACCCAUGUUUUACAUGAUAGUAGCAUCUAAGUUGAGCCUAGGAUGAUUUUUCUGGUCUGGGUCACUUUUGCCUGACCUUUGCCAGGUCACAGCUCAAAGGGGAAUUAAAAACAAAAAAAAGAAUAGCAUUUCUUACCUCAGCAGGCCCGAAAACCCCCAAGUGAAUUUUUCUAGCAAAAUCUGAGAUGGUCAGGCAACAAAAUGCCCCUUUUCUGGUUGAGUUGGCGUAGAAUGACCCCUUUUCUAUGUCCCUUUUUUAAACAUAUUGCCGUCUGCUCACACAUCAUGGGUAGGCUGGGAUUUUUUCAUGGAAAUUGUAACAAUAAUCACAUAGCAGUCAGGGCAAAUUUGUUCAAAAUCACAGAGGAAUGGUGUGUGAAGUCACAGGAAUGGAAAUUCAACUAUAGCCCGAAUCGCACAGAACAAAAAUCAACAUAUAAACAGGUGGUUUGGGAAUUUUUACCGACAUCUGUGCGUGAGUUAUUUACACCAGGUUCAUUGUUUACAAAUCGAAUCAUACUUUUCGUCUGUGUAUAAAAGUAGAAGAAAAAAAAAAAAAUAAUAAUCUAUAUAUGUUUUUUGUCCUGGUUUUCACAAUAUCAAUGUGAACCGAAGUGAAAAACGGAUUGCUUAAUUUAAGUCUUUAAUCCUGUAAAUCGGUAAACUUCGCUCUAUAUAACUACAAACAUUAGCAUUACAAGGCAAUAAACAGAAAUGUAAGUUUUACAUAGUUUUAGAAAAUAACAUUUAAAGUUAGACUGUUUGUGUACUUCUGCUGUAGUACAGCCUGUAGUUAUUUUUACUUUGUUUGUUUCACAGUUUUACGACUCUAAUCUACCGGUACGUGGCAAUAAACAAUAAACCUCUGCUUUCAUUAAAUACAUAUUUCGGGAAUUUUGCAGAUUUUUAAAAUAUGCUUCCAAUGUUACAAAGUAUUCCCACAUAAACAAAUAUCUACAUUCCUAUUGCAAGUAGUAUUCUAAAUAAUUUUACAGAAUAUUAUAGUACCUACUAUCGUAUAUUGAGAUGUACUAUAUUAGGUACUACAGUAUUUUAAAUAUGUAUAGACUACAAUAAAUACUAUCGUACGCUGAAUUCAUUUAAAUGCAUUCAUUUAAAUGGAUGUUUGAAUUUUAAGUAUAAAUCAUAAACUGUAGGUUUUUAGAUCUAAAAUGCAUUUAAAUUGAGCCUUUACGGAACCUCCUGUUGUGGUUUAUAUUUUAUUAAACUUUUUUUUUAAAAUCUUUGUUUACUAAAGUAUGACCAAGUUAUCCCUUAUUUUUAAAGGGCUAUCUUGCCCCAAAAAAGUGAAUGUAGAAAUUUCAACUUACCCAACACUUAAGGUCAAGAAAAUACCAUUUAUUGAAAAAAAAAAAAAAAAAAAACUAACAGGGGGCCCUUGGGUCUGAGGAGAAUAUGUACUGUUGUGUACUACAUUAUGAAUUAGUCAUUUCGCAGACAUUUUUAUCCAAAGCAACUUAGAGACUAGGGGGUUAACUAUGUAUCUGCAACUGCUGCUGCAGAGUCACUUGCAAUAGGACCUCAUCUGAAGGACAUAUUCAGUGUUAGAGAAAAUAAAUAGGUAGAUGGGGGGAACAGACUGUUAGUCUAUUUUAAGAAACAUUGAAUACAUACAAUUAUACAACAAUUAAACACGUUAAAAAAAUGAAAUAGUUUUACUAAUUGCUUUUUUUUCAAGCAGUGUGCUUGAAUAUUUAGUGGCUGGAAAUAAGACUCCUAUUGCUGGUCUGUUUCAUCUAUUCCAGGUUUCACGAACAGCUUGAUCAGCCACAGUGUGUAUAGGUAACAAGCUCAGGUGUGUCUUAUUAAAAACUCAUAGCAAAACCAGAAACAAACUGAUUCGGAUCAAACUGCUGUGCAAUGGGAGGCUUAUUUCCACCAUUCCUAUAUAACAGUAAUGGCUUUUUCUUCAUUGCACAAAUGUGUGAAGGCAGACCCGGGUCUCUUCUGGUCUGUCCCAGGUGUUAGAGAUGUGCUGCUACCGAUCUCUCUGAACAGUUUGUAACGGUCACUCUGCACAACUGAGAGGCAUUUGCACUGUCCUCCCUAAGGAGAUAAUACUGGCCCUAUUCCUAUAACUAGUCAGCAAGAGUGACAGACAGCAAAAGCAGGGACGUCAGAGGUGUCAAUUUCAAAAACAACCAGUUUAAUGUUGUGAACAAUAAUGUCAACAAUGAAAUAUAAACAAAAAACUAAAGGUGGACAAAACAGGCAAGUAUAAAGAUGGUACAGGUAAGCUGGUAAAUGGAAACCAGAAGGCCAAAAAGUAACACAAAGGAGAAAUGGGUGUAGUGUCUGGUGGGCCUCAAAUAAACCCAGACACACAAACUAAACACAAACACAAAAUCAAUGCACAGACAAAGAUAAAGGUGAAUGAAAUGAUCACAGAUGGUAACAAUAAUAAUAAAAGUCUGGAUGGCAAUGGAUGGUGCAUGAAAGUUAGGCCUAACAAGUCCAGCAGAGCAGCAAUGUAAUUGAAAAAAAACAAAGUAACUAAAGAACAAAACAAAAAAUACAGCAAACAUAGUAUCAAAUUAAAGUAGAA